CAUUCCGCUAAACGCGCUGCCGUGAUAAUGGAAUGAAGCCGCAUGGCUCGUUACCGUAAAAGUCAUAGUAGACAAAGAAUGCGGGAUGCAUUUAACAGAAGAAGCCAGGAGUGGUACGUGUCGGUUACACGGCUCAAGGCUGCUGCGUUGACGCGAGGGACCGGAGGCGGCAAGACGCUGCUUGCUCAUUUAAAUAAAGUCAUCUGUUGCCAGUUGAACCUUUGAAGCGCCAGCAGACGUGAUUCGAGGCGUUGCCUUUCGGACACCGUCAGAGAGCAGCCAGCCUAUCGAGAUGAUCCAUCGUUACACACUGGAAAUGCCUUAAACUUGUGACUGACGACUGGCGGUACGAAACAAUUACCAUGGGUCGUGUCGGCAGCUAGCUAGCUAGUUUCCUCUCCACCGACCAUGUUGUCGCGGAAGGUGGCUGACUUCUGACCGUUUGAGGAGCGGUACGGGAGGAGCCAGGCUAACUAAAAGGAAAGAGACCCACCGACACUGAGGGUGUUUCGAGUUGAAGUCCGUUAUCCGUCCGAUUUAUUACUGGGUUUUAUUAUUAUUAUUAUUAUUAUUUUUUUUUACCGUUUCACGCAUCCCUGUCCCCGGGUGCCGGGUCCUGAGCCAGUCGCAACACCCAGAAGACGGAGCGAGAAGGAGGGAGGCAACGGCCGUUCCGGGGUCCCCACAAACUCAGCCGAGGAGAGGCUUCGCUGAAAUGAGAUGAGGCUCAGAAAUGGAACUGUGGCCACUGCAAUUAUUUUCUUCACGUCCUUCCUCAGCCUGUCCUGGUACACAGCGUGGCAGAAUGGCAAAGAGAAGCUGACGGCAUACCAGCGGGAGUUCCAUGCCUUGAAAGAGCGCCUUCGCGUGGCCGAGCACAGGACGCUGCAGCGCUCGUCGGAGCUCAACAACAUCCUUGAGCAGUUCAAACGUGCCAUCGCCGAGACUAACAGCAGCAAAGAUGCUCUUGUAAACUUCUCAGAUGAGACACAGAAACUACUGAAGGAGCUCGCGAGGAGGAAGCCUCUCCAGGUGCCCAAUAUCUACCACCACCUGCCCCACCUUCUUAACAAUGAGGGCAGCCUGCAUCCCGCAGUGCAGGUUGGUCUUGGCCGCACAGGAGUUACCAUGGUGAUGGGGAUCCCCACAGUGAGGCGGAAGGUGAAGUCUUAUCUGUCAGAGACACUGCGGUCGCUCAUCGACAAGCUGUCACCAGAGGAGAAACUUGACUGCGUCAUUAUUGUCUACGUUGGGGAGACUGACGUGGACUACGUUCACAGCGUGGUUGCUGGUUUGGAGAAAGAGUUUUCUACAGAGCUGACUUCAGGCCUGCUGGAGGUGAUCUCCCCGCCAGCUGCCUAUUACCCCGAACUCGCCAACCUCAAAGAGACUUUUGGAGACUCUAAAGAGAGAGUCAAAUGGCGAACCAAGCAGAAUCUGGACUAUUCCUUCCUGAUGAUGUAUGCUGUGACGAAAGGAGUUUAUUAUGUCCAGCUGGAAGAUGACAUUGUGGCCAAGCCCAACUACUUUGCCACAAUGAAGAACUUUGCCUUGCAGCUCUCAUCAGAGGACUGGAUGAUCCUGGAGUUCUCUCAGCUGGGCUUCAUUGGAAAAAUGUUCCAGGCGCCAGACUUGAACCUCAUUGUUGAGUUCAUUUUCAUGUUCUACAAAGAGAAGCCCAUCGAUUGGCUACUGGACCAUAUACUCUGGGUUAAGGUCUGCAAUCCUGAGAAAGAUGCGAAACACUGCGAGCGGCAGAAGUCUGGCCUACGGGUGCGUUUCCGACCCUCCCUGUUCCAACACGUGGGACUCCAUUCUUCUCUUGCUGGAAAGAUCCAAAAACUCACAGACAAGGACUUCCUGAAGCCACUGCUACAUAAGAUGCACGUCAACCCCCCGGCUGAGGUGUCCACUUCAGUGAAGGUGUAUCAGGGUCACACACUGGAGAAGACGUACCUAGGAGAAGAUUUCUUCUGGGCGAUCACUCCUACUGCAGGAGACUAUGUCCUCUUCAAAUUUGACCGACCUGUUAGCAUAGAGAAGUUCCUGUUUCGUAGUGGUAAUCAAGAGCACCCGGGGGACAAGAUCCAGAACACCUCGGUGGAAAUACUGCCUGUUUCGGAACCUGGACCUCAGACCAAAGAAAAGUAUAAGCGAACUGAAGACCGCUUUUACAGGAUUGGUCAGUUUGAGAAGGGUGUGGCCGAAGGUCCUGUAGAUCCUUCUUUCAAUCCCAUCAUAGCGCUUCGGCUUUCAGUUCUCAAAGACUCAGCGGUGUGGGCCAUCAUCAGUGAAAUACAUAUAAAACGGAUAGCUGGCUGAUUGUUCCGGAGCAGGCACAUGGAAUAUGGCCCCUGGGGGACCAAAAUCUCCUAGAUUGAUUGCGCGAGUCCUCUGGACACCCAGCAAUCAGCAAUGAAGCCAGGAGAGCCCGCAAGAGUUGCUUGUCUAAGGAACUGACCCUCGCUAAUGUUUUGCUUUUCAUCGAUACAUUUUUUCUUUCUGCAUCAUCCCCUCACUCUUGUGCUCUUAAUCUUUUGUAAGAAUGUGAGUACUACUGUCCUAAAGAACAACCGUGCGCUGUGAGAAGACAUCUGUUCCCGGCUCCGGUUCUCAAAGUGACUGUUGUUCAGCAGUUUUGAACUCAAUCAGGGGGAAAAAACGCUGGGAUAAAGGACCAUCACCAUACAAUACAACACAUCUGGGGAGAACCAGUUACCUGGCCACUGGUGCAGAUGCUGCCAAAUCCUCUUCCUUUUACUCAACGUUGCCACCUCCAAGCUGGGGCAUUGCACUGUCACUAUCUCCUCAACGAAAGCCUACUGUGGUCAAGCAUGUUGUGCUCACCGAUGGCCAGUUGUCUUCGGUUCUCGACUGAGGUGUUGGAGCUUGAGGUCAACACCAGCCCAAACCAUAAUGUUUCCCUCACUCCGAGAGUAUUGUCUCCACUUGUCCUUGACUAUCAGGAUGAGCUCAUUGUUCCCAAAUCCUGCCUGCAGCCAGUCAUUAACAACUUGUACAAACAACACUGUAGGCCAGAUUCCAUGGUAACUACCCCAAUCCAUCAAGAAAAGUACCAUGACACUUUAUCUAUCUCUCCUCCUUCUGACAGGCCGUGUAAGACCUCUGUGUCCGUUUCUAGUAAACCAAUCAGACAUUGCCUUGGCGUCAUUUUCCUGAAGCAAUAUAUUGUUAUAUUAAUAUAUUAUUACAGCUUUGACGAUCUAUGAAGGUGACUUAAUUUAUUUAAAAUCUUUAAUUUGUACAAGAGGUAAAAAUAUAUUUUUAUUCUAUUAAGAGAUGUUUAUGUUUAUGCUGUUCAGAGUAUGUUUUAUUUGCCGUUUUUUUUCUGAGUUGCUAUUGUACUUUUUUCCCAUUAUUACAGCUUCUGUCAGUUCAGGUUCAGCCUGUGACAGUUUAUUUUCACUUUAGGCUAAAAGUUGCAACAAUUCAUUUGGACUUGGUAAAGUCCAACUGGAAGGAGGUUUGUGAAUAGACAAUAAGUUCUGUUUAAGAUGUUGUGGGUCAAAAUUGGAACGAAUGUGCCUUAUAUCCAGGUCCCUUGAACUUGUCUCAUCGACAUUAUUCCAAUCUAUCACUCUUGCCUAGACUUUGAUUGAGGGAUAUUCUAAUAUUUUUUUAAAUGAUACACUGUCCAAUUAUUGAUUAGUGUUACCCUAAGUAAAAAUGAUAAUAGACUGGGAUUUUGUACCAGAUUAACCAUCUGAAACGGCAUGUUUUGCACUGCUUUUCACUAUUUUUGUUAGCGCCACAUGCUUCACCAUUGUACUUAUACUAACUUUCCAUCCCAGAGAAAAUGCUCAUUUCACAGACUCAUCCAAACCUCUACAUAACACUCUUUUGUCUUAUCAAGUAUCUGUUUUUGUGAUUGGACAAAAUACUAUGACUACUGAUUAUUGCUAAGUGAGCCUUUUUGAUGUGUGAUUUGGCCUUUGUAAUGUGGUACUUUCACUGAUUGCCGAUAUUUAAAAAAUCAAUGAGCAUUAUUUGUCUUUAUUUCCCUCAGUCUUUCUCUCCUGCAUCUUUAAGUAGUUAUUGAAAUUCACUUGACAUGUUUAGAAUUUUUUUGUGUGUGGCUAAUGUUUUGAGCGAAAGCCAGUUAAGUUAAACCUGAUUCAUUCUACAUCUGCCAAGUGUAUCAAAGAGGGCAGUGAUGUGCCUUUUGGUUGAAAUAGAUUUUUUGCUAAUCAUGUUCACGUGCAUGAUUAUUAUUUGUAGUUCAUACGCUUGUAUUUUGGUCAGAGCAAGCUCUUAGACUCCCCUGAUCAAAAGCAGCCAUGCUAGGGCUGUACUCAUGAAAACUACAUUUAAGUUGAAAGCUGGAUUUCCGCCUCUUCAUCGGAUUGUUUUUCUCUUUAUUGGGAGAAGAUGAGAGAAAGCCACCUCAAUAUUUUGAAAGGGGAAAUAUAUUUCCAGUGCCGCUAUCAGGAUUGUCUUCUCCCUGUGGUCUGGUAUUCGCAUAUAAACACAAAGUGAAUGCAUGAAAAUGGCAUGAAGAGUCGCUCUUUCCCCUCCUUCCCACUGUAUUCUUGGCAAGUGGACUACGGAAAAAAAAGAAAGGAUCUCUUCACUUGAUUGACAACCAAAUGCACCCAUCAGUUCAUGUGCCUUCAUCAUGUACAUGUUUGCCAUCGAUGUUUUUGAAUUCAUUUUUCACGGACAUCUUUGAAAUAAAUGAUACGUUGUCAUAGCCA